UCUCAGCUCACUGCAACCUCUGAUUGCCUGGUUCAAGCAAUUCUCCUGCCUCAGCCUUCUGAGUAGCUGGGACUUACAGGCAUGCACCAGCACACCUGGCUAAUUUUUGUAUUUUUAGUAGACACAAGGUUUCACCAUGUUGGUCAAGCUGGUCUAGAACUCCUGACCUCAAGUGAUCCGCCUGCCUCAGCCUCCCACAGUGCUGAGAUUACAGGCAUGAGCCACCAUGCUCGGCUGAGAUUGCAUUUUCUAAGCAACAAGCAAAAAGUGUAAAACCCUGCAAAAACUUAGGGAACCUGAAAAAAUAGAUUUUGCAUUUUGGUGGGUGGGGGCUGCAGAAAAAAACACAUUUUGCUUUUUUUUUUUUUCAUGGUUUAAUGACUACUUAAAAUUAAGACGAGCUCAGACAAAUUCAGUGGAACCAGCUCUCCCUUCUAUGUUUUACAUGGACAGAUCUUAUUUAUCUGUAAUUCUCAGUACGCAGACUAGUGAUUGGCACGUAUUAAGCCUGCAACAAGUUGCAGUUGAAUUAAUUAAAUAAUUUUUUAUACAACAAAGUAAUAUCAUAAUCUGUUGAUCACACACUUUAUAAAGUUUAACUUCUAGGUUUUAAGCCAAUGGGUUGAAAAAAAUAGUCUGUAAAGCUAAACCCAUUUCAUUUAUUUCUUUCAUCCAUCCAAUCCAGGAACUGUCUUGAAACCUAUACAUUUCAGAUGGGCACCCAGAGAGUAAGACCUCACCUUGCCCCUCAAGUUGCUUACAAUAUAAUGGAAAAACCAACAAAUAAAUAUUUAUAAUUCAAUAAACAAGAAAAGGUUUCUUCUAAUAAACACAUGAGGUCUGAUAACUUUUUGGUUUUGUUUUCUAGUAUUUCCCCAUUAGGUGUAAGUUAAUGAAUAGGACGUUUUUCAGUGGAAGAUUUAUCUCAUCUAUUACAUAACUUGAUGAACAACUUGGAGAAAACUCUUUAGAUAUAGAAUGGUAAAAUUUGCUCUGAAUCACGAGGUAUUUGUAUUAAUAUAAAAAUCUAAGAAUUGGAAAUUUAUUGCAAUAACCUAGAAAGCCAUAACUGAACUUUGGAUUUUAGCUUUGUGACAUAGUAGAAGCUAAAAUAACAUCUUAUUUCUUAAAAAAAUAAUUAUUUGGAAACCAACUCAUUAAUUUUCAUGAACUUGGAUACUGUAUAACUGAAUUUCAAAUUUAAUUUGGUGGUAAGUCAGAUAUGAUUAAGAUCACAUAUGCACAGAAACAUAAACCACCAAAUUUGGAAAACAUUUAAACUAUGUUUCACCUCUCUACUUCCAUCCCACUUCACUGCUUCUGCUUGAAUAACAGACAGGCUAAUGAGCUUCAAGGACUGCUGACACAUAGGGCUCAAUAAAUGUUGAUCAAGGGAAUGAAGAAAAAAAUGAUAAAAGGACCAAAUGGAAGACUAGGAGCAAAAAGGAUAAGAAACAGAUUCAAGAAAGGAGAGGUUGUUAUAAAUUAGUUUUCAAGAACACACAAGUAUAAUUAUAGUGAGUUGAUAUUUGAGCUAUCUGCUAGGAUUGUGUCUAAGCAGAGCCUCAGCAUCUGUUCUUAACCUCAACUGCAGCCUUAUCCUUUUACCUAUGUGCCGAACACUCUUGGCUUACCUCCGAGGAUCACAGAAGGUUCCAAGCAGGAGAACCAGGAGAUUGUUGGAUAAAAGCAGAACAUUCCAUAUUACCUGUGGUGUUACUAUCUGUAUUUUCUCAGGCGUGCAUGUGGCUGCCCAUCUGGUGAAUGCCCUCAACUUCUCAGUGAAUUACAAUGAAGAUUUUGUUGAACUGAAUGCAGCAAGAUACCGAGAUGAGGAUCCUAGAAAACUUCUCUUCACAACUGCCAUCUCUGAAUGUUCUCAGGCACAGCAUCUAGGAAACAUUGCCUCAGCCUCCCAAGCAGCUGGAAUUACAGUUCCUGGCCUGACAGGGGUCUGCAUGGUGGUGGUGCUAUUCCUCAUGAUCACAGCCUCUACAUAUGCAAUAAGAGUUUCUAACUAUGAUAUCUUCUGGUAUACUCAUAACCUCUUCUUUGUCUUCUACAUGCUGCUGACGUUGCAUGUUUCAGGAGGGCUGCUGAAGUAUCAAACUAAUUUAGAUACCCACCCUCCCGGCUGCAUCAGUCUUAACCGAACCAGCUCUCAGAAUAUUUCCUUACCAGAGUAUUUCUCAGAACAUUUUCAUGAACCUUUCCCUGAAGGAUUUUCAAAACCGGCAGAGUUUACCCAGCACAAAUUUGUGAAGAUUUGUAUGGAAGAGCCCAGAUUCCAAGCUAAUUUUCCACAGACUUGGCUUUGGAUUUCUGGACCUUUGUGCCUGUACUGUGCCGAAAGACUUUACAGGUAUAUCCGGAGCAAUAAGCCAGUCACCAUCAUUUCGGUCAUAAGUCAUCCCUCAGAUGUCAUGGAAAUCCGAAUGGUCAAAGAAAAUUUUAAAGCAAGACCUGGUCAGUAUAUUACUCUACAUUGUCCCAGUGUAUCUGCAUUAGAAAAUCAUCCAUUUACCCUCACAAUGUGUCCAACUGAAACCAAAGCAACAUUUGGGGUUCAUCUUAAAAUAGUAGGAGACUGGACAGAACGAUUUCGAGAUUUACUACUGCCUCCAUCUAGUCAAGACUCCGAAAUUCUGCCCUUCAUUCAAUCUAGAAAUUAUCCCAAGCUGUAUAUUGAUGGUCCUUUUGGAAGUCCAUUUGAGGAAUCACUGAACUAUGAGGUCAGCCUCUGCGUGGCUGGAGGCAUUGGAGUAACUCCAUUUGCAUCAAUACUCAACACCCUGUUGGAUGACUGGAAACCAUACAAGCUUAGAAGACUAUACUUUAUUUGGGUAUGCAGAGAUAUCCAGUCCUUCCGUUGGUUUGCAGAUUUACUCUGUAUGUUGCAUAACAAGUUUUGGCAAGAGAACAGACCUGACUAUGUCAACAUCCAGCUGUACCUCAGUCAAACAGAUGGGAUACAGAAGAUAAUUGGAGAAAAAUAUCAUGCACUGAAUUCAAGACUGUUUAUUGGACGUCCUCGGUGGAAACUUUUGUUUGAUGAAAUAGCAAAAUAUAACAGAGGGAAAACAGUUGGUGUUUUCUGUUGUGGACCCAAUUCACUAUCCAAGACUCUUCAUAAACUGAGUAACCAGAACAACUCAUAUGGGACAAGAUUUGAAUACAAUAAAGAGUCUUUCAGCUGAAAACUUUUGCCAUGAAGCAGGACUCUAAAGAAGGAAUGAGUGCAAUUUCUAAGACUUUGAAACUCAGCGGAAUCAAUCAGCUGUGUUAUGCCAAAGAAUAGUAAGGUUUUCUUAUUUAUGAUUAUUUAAAAUGGAAGUGUGAGAAUGUGGCAAGAUGACCGGUCACAUUACAUGUUUAAUCUGGAAACCAAAGAGACCUUGAAGAAUAUUUGAUGUGAUGAUUCACUUUUCAGUUCUCAAAUUAAAAGAAAACUGUUAGAUGCACACUGUUGAUUUUUAUGGUGGAUUCAAGAACUCCCUAGUGAGGAGCUGAACUUGCUCAAUCUAAGGCUGAUUGUCGUGUUCCUCUUUAAAUUGUUUUUGGUUGAACAAAUGCAAGAUUGAACAAAAUUAAAAAUUCACUGAAGCUCAAAUUCCAUUUUCUAUGUUGUGUAUAAACAGAGUAGCUUUAAUUUGCAAGCACUCCAGGCAAAUAUAUUAGAUGUUUGAAAACACAGCACAAGACUCUGUAUUGAUACGGGUACUUUGUGUCAAGAUCUAAUCGUCUCCACUACUUAUGCUAAUACCUCUAUUUGAUAUCUGAAGACUAUAUGCUAACUGAACCUUCCUCAAAUGUUGUUAUAGUAUCUAUUUUUAUAUAUUUUUUUCUUUUUAUUCCUCUCUCUAGGGAAAUAUGCCUUCCCUUAGCAUGCAUUAGACAUAAUGAUUUAAUAGGUCCCUUUCAUCUUCAUUUAAAUCUAUCACUAUUGCAUGGUAAUGAAAAUAUUCCUACUAUAAAUUAUAAAGGGAUAUAUAUAUAUAUAUAUACAUAUACUAAUAACUUUUUCCUUUUUUCAGCAUUUUUGUCUCUAUUAUUAUUAUUGUUUUUUUUCCCAGGUAGGGUUUGUCUUAGGCUGUAGCCUCUAAGGAUAGUUAGUUAAUUUGCACUUUGAGACCAAAGGACAUCAUGUGUGUCAGUAGGGACUGAAUAUAAGAUUUAUCUCCUUUGCCACACAUUGGUUUAGGAUGGAGAUAUUGAAAGUCUAGUCAUAUUCCUGAACAGUGAAACCUGUAUUUUACCUUUUAAGUAAGAGGAAAUAUGAUAUUCUUAUUCAAACUUAAGUUUAGAAUCCAGAAUAUUACUGUCGCACUUUUUGGUAUCCUGAGUUUCCAUAGGGAACUAUUGGGUUUAAAGUCACCGUUGGAACUACACUGUGUGAUCUUAUAAAUUUAUGUUCCCUGGCUAUCAUAUUCUUGGCUCAGAACAGUAUUUCCCAUUACUAUCUUAAGAAUUAAGGCAUUCAUGGCUCACGCCUGUAAUCCCAGCACUUUGGGAGGCCAAGGCAGGUGGAUCACGAGGUCAGAGUUCAAGACCAGCCUGACCAAGUUGGUGAAACCCCAUCGCUACUAAAAAUACAAAAAUUAGGCGGGUGUGGUGGCGGGUGCCUAUAAUCCCAGCUACUCGGGAGACUGAGGCAAAGAAUCGCUUGAACCCGGUGGGCGGAGGUUGCAGUGAGCCAAGAUUGCACCACUGCACUCCAGCCUGGGUGACAGAGCAAGAUUCCAUCUCAAAAAAUAAAUAAAUAAAUAAAAGAAUUAAAGCAUUCAUACAGUUUAGUGAUUUUGUUUAAUAGUCAGCUAUCAAUUGCUAUCAAAUAUAACACUGCUGAAAUCAGCAGUGUGACUUACCUUGCCAUUGUUAAAAUGUUACAUAAAACAUAACAUGAUAGAUGCUAAGGCCUUUUCUUGCUAUAAUUCACCAAUAGCAAUCAAGCAUGCUAACCCAUACUGAAUGAUAUUUACUUGUAGAUAUUUCUUCCUUUCCUUGAAAUUCUCCUUUCUGUGGAAAGAAGAUGAACCCAAAAAAGUGAUAGGAAAUGUGGAAUGCUCAUGCAGAUUUAGCUCUGAAGGCAUAUUUAAUAACUAGUAUGUCUUGACAACAGUCUUUAGAUUAAAAAGAAUUUUCAUGGAAACAUUUAACAGAAAGAACUAGUAAAAAGACACUUUGAGUUAGUCCAGGCUUAAUAUGCAAUACUGACUCUAUACUGAUCAUAAUUUAUUUAUGUGAUUAUAUUAAUAGACCUAAUUUCAUUAAAACAGGUAGAAGAUUUUUCAAAAGAAAGAUGAUGUUUCAAAGCUGGUCUGCCAUUCUAGAUGAGCCUCCUUGCUUAUUUAAGUUCCAGUAGGUGUUCAAAUGUUAAAUGUUAAACAUAGGUCAUCUUUGCUUCUGCAGGGCUUCAUCUUGCAUGUUUAAGAGAACUUUGUUUUAUUUUGAGGGAUUAUUUCUCUGGGGAUCAUUCUUAUAAUACAAGCCUUAAAUCACUAAUUUUAGUAGCAAUAAAUGUUAACAUUGAAAUGGUGUCCUUGAAAUUUCUAUAAGCUCACUAUAACUUUAGAACAAAUAAAGCAGCAACAUUUGUUCACAAGGUGAUGCAAGUUUAGGAAACACACUCUGCUUGUCAGGAAUUAGCAUUUGCACCGGCCGUGGUGGCUCACACCUGUAAUCCCAGCACUUUGGGAGGCCGAGGCGGGUAGAUCACUUGAGGUCAGGAGUUGAAGACCAACCUGGCCAACAUGGUGAAACCCCAUCUCUACUAAAAAUACAAAAAUUAGCGAGACAUGGUGGUGGGUGCCUAUAGUCCCAGCUACUCGGGAGGCUGAGGCACGAGAAUCACUUGAACCGGGGAGGCAAGGCCGAGGUUGCAGUGAGCCGAGAUUGUGCCACUGCACUCCAACCCUGCCCUGGCAACAGAGUGAGACUCUGUCUCAAAAAAAAAAAAAAAAAAAAAAAAGGAAUUAGCACUAGCAUGAGAAGCCUUAGGAAUCUGAGUUCUGGAACUAUCAAUGUUGUCGCAGGCUAAUGGUGUAACUAAGUCAAAUUACUUCUCAUACAUAGACUAAAAUGUAUCAUUUUAUUAAUUUUUGGAUAGCGUAUCCUUUUGAGAAUCUGAUUAAAAUGCUUAGCAUGACAUACAGCACAUCCCUACAAUUUUGGGGAACCUACAAACACACUCCAGAAAGAAGCACACCUGUUUAAGAACCUCUAAACAAAAUGGCUAUUGCUAUAGGUCUUUCUACUCAUACACCUCUUUUCUUUUUCUUGUCUUUUUUUUUUUUUUUUUUUUUUUCUGAGACAGGGUCUUCCAGCCACACUGGCAUGCAGUGACGUGAUCUCAGUUCACUGCAACCUCCACCUCCUGAACUGAGGUGAUCCUCCCAUCUCAGCCUACCAAGUAACUGGGACUACAGGCACACGCCACCACACCUAGCCAAUUUUUGUAUUUUUAGUAGAGACAGGGGUUUCACAAUGUUGACCAGGCUGGUCUCAAACUCCUGGGCUUAAGUGAUUCUCCCACCUUGGCCUCUCAAAGUGCUGGGAUUACAGGUGUGAGCCACCACGCCUGCCCCAAACUACCAAUUUCUAUAGGAUUAUACCAAGACAUUUAUUUUGUGGACAAGGGCAUUCUCUUUAUAUGUUCCCAAACAGAGAAUUCAAUAGGACUUUCCAUCAGUUUUUAAUCUUGCUGUAUCACCUGAUUUAUCCAAGGGAAGGCUAUAAUUUUUAAAUAUAAAUAAUUCUAAAAAACUAUGAUUCAUACACAUACACUCAUACAUAUAUACUACAUAAAUCCAUACAUAUACAUACCUACAAUUGGGACUUCAUUUGCUUUUUUAAAAAUUUCAAGUUAAAAGUGAAAUGCUUGAUAGUUCUUCAUUCAGUGAUGUUAAAAUGCCAGUUGGGUGACUGUCGUAGUAUAGGCAUUUAAAACAACAGCAUAAAAGCAAUGUAGACAAGGAACAGGCUGAAUCAAUUUAAUCUACACAGCCAUGUGAUUGAUAAACCCACAAAUCAGUGUUUACUUGGAGCAUUCACAGCGAGUGAUGGAUUUAAAUUAUGAGCCAUUGUUAAAGAGAUUCACUGGAGGCAAAUGGACUGUUGUCAUUAACAGAUAAUGCUAGUGAUGAAGAAUACUCAUUAUAUAAAAGAGAAGAAAUUUUAAGAAAAAAUGUUUUGAUUCUUAAGGAUGGUUAUACUAGCCAAAAAGUGAGUUUUCUAAACAAACCAAGGGGAACAUUUUUAAGUUGUUAUUCACUUUAAGAAGUUUCCUUUUCUUGUGCUAGCUAGGACUUUUUCCAUAUACAGUUAUAUUGUUGAAUAUAAAAUACUGAAGGUAAGAGUAGUCUUAUUUUAUGAUUGGGAAAACUGAGGCCCAAAAUUGCUACAAGUCAUCUAUUGAGUUUGUAGCAGAGCUGAGACUGGAAUUCAGUUAUUUUUAUUUAUUUAUUUAUUUAUUUAUUUAUUUUUAUCUAUUUUUUUUUUUUUUUGAGGCAGAGUCUCGCAGUGUCGCCCAGGCUGGAGGGCAGUGGCGCGAUGAUCUCGGCUCACUGCUAGCUCUGCCUCCCAGGUCCACGCCAUUCUCCUGCCUCAGCCUCCGGAGUAGCUGGGACUACAGGCUCCCACCAGCACGCCCGGCUAAUUUUUUGUACUUUUUUUUAGUAGAGACGGGGUUUCACCGUGUUAGCCAGGAUGGUCUCCAUCUCCUGACCUUAUGAUCCGCCCGUCUUGGCCUCCCAAAGUUCUCGGAUUACUGGCGUGAGCCACUGCGCCCGGCCUGGAGUUCAGUCUUUUUAAUCUCUUCUACCAAAAGGCUCUUCACCUCCCCAUGAAAUCUUCAUCUAAUAAAAAUAUCUUGCGCUGUGAGUUUGAAUCUCCCUGUUAAACCCUAUUUAGUGUCAUGUGGAAAACAUGAUACUGAGUGUUAAUUCCAGAUUCAGAUUCAGAAAAUUAUACUCUUCUUACGAAUCUAUCUUCUUAUUCUAAAUUUGUUAGUCUUGUAUGUUUUGCCUAUUAAAACCAUUUUCAUAUACCUGUUUUUAAGUAUGAUAAUUGUGGUAAAGGGAUUGUGAUGUCCAGAGUUUUGCAUUGGAGAAAUCUGUAAUAGUGUAGUUUCUAGGAAAUGCUAAUAAUAUAAUUUUAAAUUCAAGUUCAUAGAUGAAAAUUAUCACUUCGCCAGCUUUCUAACCACCCAGGAAAAACUGGUGUCAAAACAAAUGUCUAUUGUUCACUACUCACAUGACCAUAACUCACUUUUUGUCCAGGAGAAAAGAGUCAGCAUUUUGUAAAUUAGUGAGACAGGAAAUAAAUGAAAUCAAAUGUAAUGAGAUUGGCAUUUACUUCAGCCACCUCAGGACAAUGAGAACUCACUGUUAUUUCUCUUCUAAAUAUCCUCUCUAUUGUGCUAACUUUAUUAUUCUAUUUUGUAAGACUCUUUAUUCUAUUCUAUACUAUUAUAUUCUUUAUUCUCAAAGGACAGAAUUGCAAAGACUAGCUGAACUAAGUUUUCUAAAGAGAAAAAGCAGAAAACAUCUAAUUAGGAAAGAGGGGUUUAUUAUAAGAGAAAAAAAGGCCAUGUGGAUCUUUUAUAAAAAUUAGCAGAAAGUUUAAUGUUGCUUUAGAACGGAGACCAACAACCUGAUGCAAAGUGUUAAAAUUCACAUUUUGCAACUAGGAAGGGCAAGAAAUGUCUCAUAGGAGGAAUAAAAAUUGUCAGAGAAAGCAAAAUCAUUUAACACAUCAGGACGUAAUAAUGUUUUUCCUUUUAUAACUCAAAAGAUGCUUAAAUACAUGGUAAACUGGCUAUUUCUCUGGUUUGGAAGAAUGUGAAAGAAUGUGAUGUUUGGCUAGAUUUUAGGGAACUUUUCACAUUUUCACUGACAUUAGAAUUUUAGCAAGAAACUUUAUCUCAGAUUAAAAUUACAUCUAGGUUCUUUAAGAAAUAAAGCAUUGACGAGCUGCUAUUUGACCUAGAGAAGACCCCGACACUUAGAUGAGAGCCAGCACUGCAAAAUACUCUAAUAUACAUAGCAAUGAAGAAGGCCAGGAUGCCAUGCAUUGCUUUAGUCACAUACACAAUGCAUUAAAAUUCUGUCAUUGCAAGGUCAUAUUUCACAACCGUUAUCCUUUCACCCAGGGAAUGAAAACCUUCUUAACAAUUGUAGACAUUGAGAUACACACAUUGUCUCUGUUGUAACAUAAAAGUAUAUAUAUUUACUUAUAACAGCAUAUUCACUUGAACCUAGUAUCAAUUUAGUAUGACUAUGUAAUUCCUUUUAGUGGUGAGAAAUAUCCACAGUGCAUAAAAUGGGAGCUUUGCUUACUGGCUUAAAAAUUUACUGCAGCCAACACAUUGGCUAAAGACAAAGCUGUUAAAUUUUCUAGGAUUUUAUCUGCAGCUGAACCUCAAAGGAAUGUAAAAUACCUUACCGCAUGUAUGUUGGAACAUGACCUGGGACUUACCCUACACUCUGUGAUUAGAUGUGCUGCACAGUUUAUUCUUUAGAUUCCCAGGGACUAACAGGUUUAGGAAAAUACAAUCUCUUCAGUCAGUGUGGCAUGUUUAAUGGCAGAACUGGGUGCCCACCAGGUGCAAUUAUACCUUUAUUUAAAUAUGACAAUUACCUGCUUACGAAAAGGCGUUAGCAGGAGAUUAUCUUUUUUUUCUCUCUCUUUUCAUUAAAAUUUAUUUUAAGGCCAGGCACUGUGGCUCACGCCUGUAGUCCCAGCACUUUGGGAGGCUGAGGCGGGCAGAUCAUCUGAGGUCAGGAGUUCGAGAUCAGCCUGGCCAACAUGGUGAAACCCCGUCUCUACCAAAAAUACAAAAAUUAGCUUGGCAUGGUGGCAGGCAGCCAUAAUCCCAGCUACUUGGGAGGCUGAGGCAAGAGAAUCACUUGAACCUGGGAGGCGGAGGUUGCGGUGAGCCAAGCUUGGCCAUUGCACUCCAGCCUGGGGGACAGGAGCGAGACUGGGUCUCAAAAAUAAAUAAAUAAAUAAAUAAAUAAAUAAAUAAAUAAAUAAAUAAUAAAAAAAUUAAAUUAGAGGUGGGAAAAGUAGAAAUCACUUUAAAAAUUAAGCAUACAAUUGGAUGACAUGCUGUUCUACCCUGAGAGCGUGCCAGUGUUACCAUUCUAUUCAGCCACAUUCAAUGGUUAUGGAGUAAAUAGGCUUCUGAGAGAGAAAUCAGAAAAUUUGGAGCCUUCACCCCUGAAAUAUAUUAGACCACUUACAUAAAAAUGGGAAUAAUAUCUACCAGGGAUGUAGUGUGGCAAAAAUGUGGAAGAGGGAGGAGAAGUGUGGUGAAGAGAGAGAUUUCCUAGGCAAAUCUCCCUUAGUAGACUUUUGAUGACAGAGUAAAAAUCAAACACUGUUGUAAGAAAGUAAAACUCAAGCUUUUAUGAGUUGCAGUCCAUUGUACCUGAAAGAUUGAUUAUUUAAUUUUAUUUUCUGGGCGAGUAGAGAAACACACACAGCAAACCAGCACGACUGUCUGUCUUCGUUCUGCUCCCCACAAAGUCUUUUGUUAAAUCUAGUAUAUGCUUUCUGAAUUCCUCUUAGCUAGUUUUGGUCGGGCCCAAUAUGGCUAGAGAUAGUUGUACUGACUUAUGAAAAUUAAGUUAGGAAUUGCAGAGGGUAGCAUAAGUUAUCCCACUUAUUUAAGAUUUAAUGGAGGAAAAUUUAGAUGUUUAUGAGAUGUUCUACUGAAUUAAAUUCAAGACCUAUGUCUUAUCACUGGAAAUCCUUCUAUUUACAAAAAUGCAAGACGUUUUAUCUGCUUUUUUUUUUUAGAUGGGAAUAAAGUAAAUGUAUAGCUUUCUUACUCUUACUGGAGAUAUUUUACAUUAUGGGUUUUCAUCAAAUCUCAUGUUAUUUUGUAGAUUUUUAUAUUUAAAUAAUGUGUGUGUGCAUGUGUGUAUUUUUAUGGUGGAUUAUAAAAAAAACUCGAGUGAAAAUGAAAUUCUAGAAUAAUGCUUAGUAACACCCUCCAGCUUUCAUAGCAUUCAACAAUUUCGGGUUUGCAAUUAGAGAAAGUGUAGUCCUCCCAUCCAAGUGUGAGAUGCUCAGCAAUCCAGGUUUGGCAUUUGAUCCUUGUUAUCUAGUUAAAUGGAAGUGUGGCAUUAUACAAUGCUGAAGAGAAAGCACUAAAUCAAAUUCAAUAUUCAUAAAUAAUUGAAAAUAUGCAUAUAUUUAUAUAUAAUCUUAUUCCUAUAAAGUUAUAGUAUGUAUAAAGUCAUAGUAUGUAGGAAAACCUUUAUUGCUUUAGAACAUGACACAGUGCUUACAACUGAAACAAAUAAAAUUGGUUCAAACAUACUUAAAAUCUCUUUUCAUUGGGAAUUACGCACUUUUGGCAAUAAUAAUCAAGAAUUUUCUCUAGGAUUUUGAGAACAGCAUAGUGUUGUUUUCAUCCUAAAGAAGGAUCAGUCUUACAUGUGAAGAUAAUAAAAAAGUAGUAUUUAAGAACUGCUCCUUUGAAACACUUUGAAGGUGUUCUAAUUUCUAAGCCACUCAACGCUUCUCUAAUUUUCCUUACAGCAGGAUAUGUAAUUGGAAAUGAUAGGAUUCUGAUAUUUAAAUUUAACAUGCUGGGUUUGGGAUUUUGGUUUUAUUUUUGGUUUGUUUUUUGUUAUUAUUUUUAAAUCUCAUAAUUGUGCCCAGUAAGAUAGGAACAUUAAAUAUUUAUAUAAUUUUAAAAUAUUAAAUAUAUAUAUAUUUGCACAGAAAAUUAAUAAAACAUACUAUGUUCAUUAUGAAGUUUAAAUGUUGAGUGUUUAUGUUUGACCACUGAGGAGUCAAUUUUACCCAAACAUUGAGUAUACCGUACAUAUUUACACACAUGUAAAAAGUCCUGCUUACAGAUUUUUGUUUAUUUUAUCCAGCACAUCAUAAUCUCCCUUUUUUGAAAUCUUCAAAUUACGUAAAAUAAAGAAUAAUAGUAGAGUUACUGUCAAGUAACAUUUACCUGACAUUUACCAAGGUGGGAUAUGAACCAUUUGCCAUAAGCCCUGUCCUAGAGACCAGUGUUCUGAUACCAUCUGAAAACUAGUUUUCCUGUUAGUAAAAUGCAUAUCAGACUUUUUUCUAAAAAUGCUCUCUGAGAAUCAUUAUAGCUUGUGUUUCUAUGUUGACUUUGACUCUCAGUAGAAUUGAUAAUUUUAUAGUGGAUAGGAUGAGUAAAAAUGCUUCAGUAUAUAGGACUGUGGGCACCUUUAGGUCCUAAGAUAUGCCUAGGCUAUACCAAGUUGAAAUGCAUUCCUGCAUCAGCAGCAUGAACAUAUAUUUGCUGGUUGGGCAUGGUGGCUCACACCUGUAAUCUCAGCACUUUGGGAGGCCGAAGUGGGUGGAUCACCUAAGGUCAGGCAUUCAAGACCAGCCGGGCCAACAUGGUGAAACCCCAUCUCUACUAAAAAUACAAAAUUAGCCGGGCGUGGUGGUUCACGCUUGUAAUGCUAGCUACUCAGGAGGCUGAGACAGGAGAAUCACUUGAACCAGGCAGGUAGAGGUUACAGUGAGCUGAGAUUGUGCCAUUGCACUCCAGCCUGGGCGACAAGAGUGAAACUCCAUAUGAAAAAAAAAAAAAAAAGAAAAAGAAAAAAGAAAA